AUGUGGGGCCCGUUGAGUCGCAGCCUCGGCCGGGGCCUCCUGGCGGCCGCGGGCCGGCGGCGCCGGGGCUACGCGCGGCUCCUGCUGGCGGGGCCGCGCGGCGGUGGCAGCGGCCGACGGGGCACCGACGUGGCCGCCAAGCCGCCCCGCGUCGGGCAGGGCCGCUCGGGCCGCGGGCUGUGCGUGGUGGCGCUGGCGGCUCUGUCGUGGUUUUUCAAAAGCGCCCCCGCCGAGGUGGAGGAGGAGGAAGAGGAGGAUGACGAUGAGGAGGAGGAGAUGGAGAGCCCUCCCUCCGAGACCGAACUCAAGAUCAUCGAAAUGCUAAAGCGGGCCAAGUUGAGUAUUAUGAAAAAGGACCCUGAGGAGGCAGAGCGAAUUUUGCACGAGGCCCUUCAUCUUGCUCAUAAGGCAGAUAUCAAGAAGGCCAUCAUCUACACCUAUGAUAUGAUGGCUAACUUAGCGUUCAUGAGGAAUCAGCUUGAAAAAGCAGAGAAGCUCUUUAAAGCAACAAUGAGCUAUCUCCUGGUUGGGGGCAUGAAGCAGGAGGACAAUGCAAUAAUUGAAAUAUCCCUAAAAUUGGCCAGUAUCUAUGCUACUCUGAAAAGACAGGAAUUUGCUUUUGCUGGCUAUGAGUUCUGCAUUUCAACCCUGGAGAGAAAAAUCACAAGACAGAAGGCAUUAACAGAAGAAGUUAUGCCAGCGGAAGAGAAAGUCAACACCCAUCUCCUUCUGGGCAUGUGCUAUGACUCCUAUGCUCGCUAUCUCCUUGAUAUCAGCCGACUGUUGGAUGCGCAAAAGAUGUACGAAAAAGCGCUGCAGAUUUCCAAAGAGAUACGAGGAGAAAGACACCCACAGACCGUGGUGCUAAUGAAUGACCUGGCCACUACCCUGGAUGCACAAGGCCGCUUUGAUGAAGCCUAUACGUAUGUGAAAAAGGCAACAGAGCUGGCGAGGCAGAUUGAGCACCCGGAGCUUCACCGCGUCCUCAGCAACAUGGCAGGAAUAUUGAUGCACAAAGCAAGCUUUGCUGAAGCCAAAUACGUCUACGAGGAGGCCCUGAAAGAGGCUGAGCUAAAGGGAGACGUGGCCUCCAUCGAACACAUCAAGGAGGAGCUGGCUGAACUGGCCAGCGGUCCAGGCCUUUGACUAGGUUUCACCCAAGGGUAGAUCUCGAGCGUGGGGCGGGGACGCCCCUUACCAAGAGGAAGGCCUGUGAUUCCCGUCGGCUUGAAUCGUUCCUGUCUGAUGCUCAACUCUACCCCCCUUUAACGGUCAAACAAAACGUACUCUACCCCAUGCCUUUUUCUAGAAACAAGCCCUCAGACUGGAGCUUUGUUCUCAGUGUUGGACCCUUCAUAGAACUCCUCCACAAGGGAACAGACUGGCUGUAUGGGAACAGAAGGGAAAGUGUAGUUUUUGUUAUGAUGCUACAAAGACUGCUAGAGAAGAAACCUCUUUUUCAAGGCCUGACUUGUUUUGGGGAAUAACAGAGCAGCCCUCAUGAGAAUUAGGUCACUGAUGAAGAAUUCUGCAGUCUUUCUUUUUGCCCAGCCUAUUCAGAGGGUCACGAAAGGCCUGGCCUUAACUUUGGUUUUCAUUGUGAUUUUUAAAACAUGACAUUAGUGCCCACCUCUUUUCCGUAGCCUCUCUGCUCUUCUCUAUUUGUAUCGAAAGAGCAGUUUGGAUCUAACGAGUCAGAGAUCAAAGUCUUAAGUUAGCUUCUUUGCAAAGGUAAAUUUCGUCUUAUCGGGAUACACACUGCUUCAACUUUAACCAGUAACUUGUGGGUAGUAGCCACAUUCAGUUUCUUGCCAAUGGGUACAAAGGAAAAAAAAUAUUAGAAAAAGGCUUAGUCAGGGGCCACCAGGACUUUCACUAAAUUGUUAUUUUAAAAGUAUACUUCACUGGCACUUAUAGGCCAGUAUCGUAAUCAGUGAAUUUAUUCUACCCACUAUGCAGAAUUAGGUUUUCAUAAAUGGGACUGGUAAGCAGGGCAGCUGGAAAUGAACCAGCUGCCUGUCCUCUGAAGCACUCCAGCAUUCUAAAUAGAUGGAUGAAUGAGGCUUCUAACACUCUUGGCUGCUGAGUCCAAAAUAGUAAAAAAAAAAACUUGAGUUGUAGUAAACCCGAGUGAGCUGUUAAGUUUCUGCAGGAAUCUACUUAUUGAUGUGAAAUUGUGUUUUUCAAACCUCCAGAGCUUCUAAUUAUUUAUUCUUAAAUGAACCUACUAUAAUCUGUCCUGGGAGAAGGAAAGAAACCUGUCACUUCAGUCUCACCUAAUAAAAGUGAGAUUUAAUCUCCCGUGUACUAAUUUAAACCUGCUACACUUGAAAUUGAACACUUAAAGCAAUCAAAAUGUUGUGUGCUCGUGUGCGUGUGCACAGACACACACACACCUUCAUAUCUCAUGAAAUUUAGUCCUACAAAAGACUACUUGCCCAGGGAAAAGUGACGGUUUAUCUACGUUAACUAGUGAUGAAUGUAAAUUUUAUUGAACUGUUUGUAUGCCAUCCAUGGAAUGAGUGCACUAGUAAUAUUUUUGGUACGUCUGUGGAUUGGAUGAUCCUAAGUAAUAAACUAGACACCAAGAUCA